AUGUCCACCGCUGCCAAUGUGCCCAAAGCUCUUCUGCAGCAAUUGAUCCAAACAUUUCCGCAUCGCUUCUCCUAUGCCUUUGCCUACGGCUCCGGAGUUUUCACUCAAAACAUCACCAAAACUGAUGACAACAAAAAAGACGCGGAUUUGCGGAAGAAUAUGAUUGACUUGAUUCUGGUGACCGACGACUCGCAGGACUUCCACCACAAGAACCUCAUUAGAAACAGAAGCCAUUACUCAGUGUUGGGCUCUUUGGGACCCAAAUGGUUGACAACAAUUCAGGAGAGUUUUGGUGCAAAAGUCUAUUUCAAUACUUUGAUCCAAAUGGACGACUAUCUCAUCAAAUAUGGUGUCAUUUCCACCAAACAUCUCAUCGCCGAUUGUCUCGAUUGGCAGACGCUGUACAUCAGCGGACGUCUACACAAACCGGUGGUUGUUCUUCAAGAGCCCACUUCCAGUGACUUAUCGACAGCUCUUGCGAUCAACAUCGAGAGUGCCAUUCAUUCGGCACUUAUUCUUCUGUCGGAAACCUUCACUGAAGAGCAGUUGUACACAACGAUCGCUGGUCUCUCAUAUUUGGGUGACUUUCGUAUGACUUUCGGCGAAGACAAGCAAAAGGUACAGAAGAUAGUUCGGCCACAGAUUCAUAACUUCCGACACUUAUAUCAACCACUCAUCACAUCCAAGACGUUGAGUCGAUUAGUCGACUGGAAUCCCCACUCGAAGGCCUAUCGCCAGGACUGUUCCCCUAAUAGCUUGUAUUACCACUUAAACCAUUUGCCCAAAACGGUUGAGCGCUAUGUCUCAGACGAGUGGAACCGUGAGAGUCGCCAUCCCUUCACUGAUAUGGACGAGCUGUUGAAGAAUCUGGCGAACAGUAUAGAGUGCAAGACAUACGUGAAACAAGCCAUUCACAGGAUUGUCCAGAACUCCAGUAUGUCUCAGAGCUUUAAGGGACUGUUCACUGCAGGCCUUCUUAAGUCCUUUCGGUAUAGCAAUCAGAAAAUUAGUAAAAUGUUUAGAAUAUUUGAAAACCCAUAA